AAUUGAACAAUAUUAAAGCUUUUUACAUGAACUUCAAUACAUACAAAGACAUUCUUUCUAAGCACAAUACAUACAAACUGUCCUACUGACAUGCUUCGGCAAAACACGAGUCAUUUGAGAGUGAAACUCAUAGUUUAUCAAGAAAGGUAUGAUAUUUCACAUAUAUAGUGGCUCGAUGAAGAGAAAAGAGCUUUGUGAAUGAUGGUGUUUGGCAAAUCAGACACAUAUGACGUUUGAUGUGUACGUACUUUGAUGUACAAAUCAAUACACGAUCGAGUUGAGUGUGAGAUCUAUGACGAGACAUUGUUUAAUAGAUGGUAUGAGAGACACAUAAAGCCUAAAAGAUAUGGGAUGAGGCUAGCCAAAAAGUCCACACUGUAGCAAUACCCCUAAGUCGAUCAAAUGCUUAUAAUGGGUGACACAAGACGAGGAGUCAACUAUAGUCGCUUUUGUGUAUUAAAACACGAGAGGCAUUAAGACUCAUUAUAUCAUGGCAGAGUUGGUAGCUGGGGCAUUUCUUCAGUCUUCCUUUCAAGUGAUUAUUGAGAAGUUGGCUUCGGUUGAUAUCAGAGACUAAUUCGGUCGUAAUAAUGUUGAUGACCUUGUGAAAGAACUCAAUAUUGCACUUGAUUCUAUCAACGAAGUACUGGACGAAGCAGAGAUAAAGCAGUACCGAAGCAAAUAUGUGAAGAAGUGGCUUGAUGAACUUAAACAUGUUGUUUAUGAAGCAGACCAACUAUUAGAUGAGAUUUCUACUGAUGCAAUGCUAAAUAAGCUGAAAGCUAAAUCUGAACCACUUAGCAGCAAUUUAUUGGGCUUGGUUUCAGCUUUAACUACAAAUCCAUUUGAAACCAGGCUCAAUGAACAACUGGAUAAACUAGAACUUCUUGCAAAGCAAAAGAAAAAGUUGGGAUUGGGAGAAGGUCCCUGUGCUAGUAACGAAGGCUUAGUCAGUUGGAAACCUUCAAAAAGGUUGUCAUCUACAGCUCUUGUGGAUGAGUCGAGCAUAUAUGGUAGAGAUGUUGAUAAGAAAAAACUAAUCAAGUUUUUACUUGCAGGCAAUGAUAGUGGCAACCGCGUUCCAAUAAUCAGCAUAGUCGGUUUAGGAGGGAUGGGGAAAACCACCCUUGCUAAGCUUGUGUACAACGACAACAAGAUAGAAGAGCAUUUUGAGCUUAAAGCAUGGGUCUAUGUUUCUGAAUCUUUUGAUGUUGUUGGACUCACCAAAGCAAUUAUCAAUUCAUUUAAUUCUUCAGCAGAUGGUGAAGACUUGAAUCUACUCCAACAUCAAUUGCAGCACAUACUAACAGGCAAGAAAUACUUGCUUGUUUUAGACGAUAUCUGGAACGGGAAUGCAGAAUGUUGGGAGCAGUUACUACUUCCCUUUAACCAUGGAUUUUCUGGAAGUAAGAUUGUCGUGACAACACGUGAAAAGGAGGUAGCAUAUCAUGUUCUUAAAUCCACCAAGUUAUUUGAUUUACAACAAUUGGACAAAAGCGAUUGUUGGAGUUUAUUUGUGACACAUGCUUUUCAAGGAAAGAAUGUGUGUGAAUAUCCAAAUCUUGAAUCAACUGGCAAGAAAAUACUGGAUAAGUGUGGAGGGUUGCCUUUAGCUGUAAAAUCAAUGGGCCAACUCUUGCGAAGAAAUUUUUCUCAACAUGAGUGGAUUAAGAUAUUGGAGACUAAUAUGUGGCGUUUAUCAGAUGGGGAACACAGCAUAAACUCAGUUCUGAGAUUAAGUUACCAUAAUCUCCCUUCCAUUCUAAAGCAUUGCUUUUCUUAUUGUUCCAUUUUUCCCAAGGGUUAUGAAUUUGAAAAAGGUGAAUUGAUCAAGCUCUGGAUGGCAGAAGGUUUAUUGAAGUGUUGCGGAUCACACAAAAGUGAAGAAGAGUUAGGUAAUGAAAUUUUCGGUGAUCUUGAGUCAAUUUCAUUUUUCCAACGAUCAAAUGAGGAUUGGAACCACUAUGCCAUGCAUGAUCUUGUCAAUGAUUUAGCAAAAUCAGUGUCAGGAGAAUUUUGUGUGCAAAUAGAAGGUGCCAGGGUGGAAGGUAUCUUUGAAAGGACACGUCACAUUCGUUGCUAUCUUCGAUCAAAUUGUGUUGAUAAAUUAAUAGAGCCAAUUUGUGAGCUUCGGGGACUACGUAGUCUGAUACUAAAAGCCCAUAAGAAUGUGUCGAUAAGCAACAAUGUGCAACAUGAUCUGUUUUCAAGAUUGAAAUGUUUGCGAAUGUUAUCAUUUAGAAGUUGUGGUCUCUCAGAGCUAGUUAAUGAGAUAAGCAAUUUAAAACUUUUGCGUUAUCUAGACCUUUCUUACACUUUGAUUACAAGCUUACCUGAUACCAUUUGUAUGUUGUAUAAUUUACAAACACUCUUGUUGGAACGGUGUAACAUCAGAGAGCUCCCUUCAAAUUUUUCCAAACUCAUCAAUUUACGCCAUCUUAAACUCCCUUAUGAAACAAAAAUGCCAAAGCAUGUAGGAAAGCUAGAGAAUCUUCAGUCCUUUCCUUAUUUUAUAAUGGAAAAGCAUAACGGAGCUGAUCUUAAGGAGUUAGAGAAUUUAAACCAUCUUCAUGGGAAAAUUCAUAUAAAAGGUUUGGGUAAUGUAAUUGAUCCUGCAGAUGCUGUGACAGCCAAUUUGAAAGAUAAGAAGUAUUUAGAAGAAUUACUUAUGGAUUUUGAUGGUGGAAGAGAAGAAAUGGAUGACUCAAUAGUUGAAAGCAAUGUGUCUGUCUUGGAGGCUCUUCAACCAAAUAGAAACUUGAAGAGGCUUACCAUCUCAAAAUACAAAGGCAAUAGGUUUCCAAAUUGGAUAAGUCGUUUACCCAACUUAGUAUCUCUUCAGCUGCGAGACUGUAAAGAAAUAAAGAUCAUUGGUGCCGACUUUUACGGAAAUAACUCAACAAUUGUUCCAUUCAGGUCUCUUGAAGUUUUGGAAUUUAAACGGAUGGACAAUUGGGAGGAAUGGAUAUGCCUUCAAGGGUUUCCUUUGCUUAAAAAGCUAUUUAUAAGUGAAUGUCCUGAAUUGAAAAGGGCUUUGCCUCAACACCUUCCUUCUUUACAAAAAUUAUCCAUUGAUGAUUGCGACAAGUUAUUUUUUGGUGGGAAUCGGCACACAGAGCGAAAGUUAAUCAAUUUUACAUUUCUUGAAGAGUUGUAUUUGGAUUUUACUGGCUUAGUGGAGUGUCCCUCUUUGGAUCUGCGUUGCCAUAAUUCUCUCCGGAAACUUUCAAUAAAAGGAUGGCGCUCCUACUCCUUGCCUUUGGAACUACACUUGUUCACCAAUCUUGAUUAUCUUCGUUUGUGCGGUUGUCCAGAGUUGGAAUCGUUUCCUAGGGGAGGUUUUCCUUCACACUUGACCGACCUUGUAAUAUUCGAUUGUCCUAAACUGAUUGCUUCGAGAGAGCAAUGGGGUUUGUUCCAACUCAAUUCUCUAAAAUCUUUCAAAGUUAGUGAUGAGUUUGAAAACGUGGAGUCCUUCCCAGAGGAGAAUCUUCUGCCACCAACUCUUGAGUCUAUUUGGUUGUUUAAUUGUUCAAAGCUAAGAAUAAUAAACUGCAAAGGUCUUCUCCACCUCAAAUCUCUUAAAUAUCUAAAAAUUUACAACUGCCCUAGUCUUGAGAGCUUGCCAGAGGAGGGUCUACCCAACUCCCUUUCUACUUUGUGGAUUAGUGGUUCUCCAUUGUUUCAGGAGCAGUACCAAAACGAGGAAGGAGAUCGUUGGCAUAUAGUUAGUCACAUACCUUCUGUGCAGAUAUUUUGACAGGAUUGAGCUUUGAGCAGCAGAAAUGAGAUGUUGCCUCAGGCAAGUACAACUCAUAUAGUUAAUUUUCUCUGGAUCGAAACUAGUAAUUUUUUGUUUGGUAUAAUGAUAAGAUUAUGUAUCUGAUGUUGAACAGUGCAAGUGUAUGUAACCUCUUUCUUCCUGAAAGAAGAUCUUUCAGUUCCUGCCACAAAAGGAACAGUGGCAAUUUUGUUUGGCAUAAUAAUAAGACUAUGUAUGUGACCAUGUAUAUGAAGCACAAGCACCUUGUUAAUCAUUCCAUCAAUUAAAAAAUAUGUGUAAAUAAAUAAUUCUUUGUAUUUCUUUUGGGUCUCUUUAGUGUUAGUUAUCCAGUUUCCAUUUUUUGUUG